AUGUCCCUCAAUUAUACUCUCUCUCUUUCUCUUUUCUUCUUUUUCUCUAUUCUCACUCCUCUCUCUCUCUCUCUCUUAUUUUCUAUCUUCCUUUCUUCUCUUUCUCCUCCUCUAACCCACUCUCUUUUUUUUCUCUAUUUUCUCGCUUACAUGCUCCCUCUUUCCUUUUUCUUUUUUUUUUCUCUCAUUACUUUCGUAUUCGCUUUCUUCUAUCUUUUCUCUCAACUUGUCUGUCUCUUUCUCUAUUACACGCCCUUCAUUGUCCUCACUAGCAUUUUCCUCACUCUCUUUAUGACACAUCUACUCUCUACAUCUCUCUCUCUCUCUCUCUCUCUCUCCCUCUCUCACUUUGCUUUUAUCUUUUUCACUUACACACUCACAUUUCUAUCUCUUCUUUCUUUUCACUCUUUCUCUCUCUCGUUUUCACAUCCUCUUUCUUUUACUUAUUUUUUACAUUCUGUCAUUUCUGUGACUUUCUUCUCUCUUUCUCUCACUCUGUCUUUCUUUUAUCUUCCGUCUUCGCUCUCUCUUUCUUCUCAUGUCACUAUAUACCGUAUAUACUAG